CCCAGGACGUUUGAGGGCAUUUGGGUUGACUUGAUUUAUUGCAAGUGAUUUUGCAGUAGUAGGAACGAGAGCGAGGAUAAACGAAAGGAAGCAGAGCCAUCUGGCUUGAUAAUUAGGUAAAAGCACGGCAGCCGGUCAUGGCCAGCGGCGGUGACGGCGCGGCGGCGGCGGCCGUUGGCGCCGCGCACACCGGCCCCCGGCUCACGCUGGCGCAGCGGGUCGAGGUUAUCCAGCAACGGAAACAGCAUGCGGCUGCCCUGCCGCGCAACAAGAAGCUUGAAAAGCUGGCUAUCUACUCUGCCUGCAAGCCGGUGGACGGCUCCGAAUGCGGCUGCAACGGCUUCAAGAGCGCCUCCAGCCAGCAGCCGGCCAGGGAGGCGGGCGAGCCGGCGCUGCAGCCGACGGCGCCCUGCCGCACCUGCUCCCACACGCUGGGAACCCACAUGUCGGAGCUGGAGAAGAAGGGAGAUGAGCAGCUGAAUCAACUCCUAAGCAUGUCUUUGGAUGUGGAGAGUCUGUUCUUCCUCGUGCAGAAAGAAGAGGACACUGACACCAAACAAGUGCACUUCUACCUUUUCAAGCUGCUGCGGAAGAGCAUCCUGCAGAUGACGGAGCCGGUGAUCGAGGGCCCGCUGGGCCGGCCGCCGUUCGAGACACCCACCAUCGCGCGCGCCGUCACCAACUUCGUGCAGGCCCGGUUCAGCGCCAGUCCCAAGGAGCAGCAGCUGAACUUCGACCUGGCCAAGGCGUUCCUGCACUACCUGAACCACUGGCGCUGGGAGACCCCCGGAGCGCACGCCGGCGCCAACCUGAAGGAGACCACCCUCUACAAGGUGCACUUCACCAGAUGGAUGUGCUACUGCCACGUGCCGACCAUCUGCACGUCGAUGACGCACUGGGACCCGGCGGCCGUGUUCGGCCGCUCGGUGCUGCGUCUGCUGCUGCGCACGGUCAGCGCCCGCCUCCUGCAGAAGAUCGACAUGGACAAGGAGAAGAUGGCCAAGGACAAGCGGCUGCUGAUCCUCACACACAUGCCCAGGUUUCUUUCUUUGCUUGAAGAAGAAGUCUAUGGGACCUCGACCAACAUCUUCGAUAUAGACUUCAAGCCGCCUGCCCAGAAGUCUAUCGAGGCGCGGCCGGAGCCGUCACCGGGCCCGUCGGCGGCGGCUGCUGAGGAGCCGGCGGCGGCGCGCCGACGGCCGGAGAAGCGCACCGCCGAGGACGACGAGGAGCGCGCCGUCAAGCGGCCCCGGCCCGACGAGGACGUCGACCCCGACCUCGUCCGACAGAUCCUCGAGAGCAUGGAGGACCCCAAACGGCUGGCCGGCCAGGAGUCGCUGUUCUCGGAGAACGCGGCCCGCGACGAGGCGGCCAAGGCCGAGGAGCGCGCCGGCCACAUCAGCUUCCACGUGGUCGGCAACUCGCUCAGCCAGAAGGUCAGCAAGACCACCAUGCUGUGGCUGGUCGGCCUGCAGAACGUUUUCUCGCACCAGCUGCCCCGCAUGCCCAAGGAAUACAUCACGCGGCUUGUCUUCGACCCGAAGCACCGGACGCUGGCGCUGGUGAAGAACAACAGGCCGAUUGGCGGCAUCUGCUUCCGCAUGUUCCCCAGCCAGGGCUUCACCGAGAUCGUGUUCUGCGCCGUCACCAGCAACGAGCAGGUCAAGGGCUACGGCACGCACCUCAUGAACCACCUGAAGGACUACCACAUCCGCCACGGAGUGCACCACUUCCUCACCUUCGCCGACGAGUUCGCAGUCGGUUACUUCAAGAAGCAGGGCUUCAGCAAGGAGAUCAAGCUGAACCGGAAGAAGUACGUGGGCUACAUCAAGGACUACGAGGGCGCCACGCUAAUGGGCUGCGAGCUGUCGCCCCGCAUCAUCUACCGCCAGUUCAGCUCCGUCAUCAGGAAGCAGAAGGAGAUUAUCAAGCGGCUGAUCGAGAACCGACAGGCAUCCAUCCGCAAGGUGCACCCGGGCCUAACGUGCUUCAAGGAGGGUGUACAGGGCAUACCGAUCGAGUGCAUACCAGGGAUCCGGGAGGCCGGCUGGAAGUCGCCGGAGAAGUCUGCGCGCGUCACACGCAAUUCGGACGACCUGGGUAACGCCGAGCUACUGCAGGGCACCUUCCGCACCCUGCUGCAGAACAUGCGCCAGCAUAGCGCCGCCUGGCCGUUCCUCUCGCCUGUCGACCCUACCGACGUGCCCGACUACUACGAGUUCAUCAAGUACCCGAUGGAUCUGGAGACGAUGUCGAAGCGGUUGAAGAACAAGUACUACUGCAACAAGCGGCUGUUCAUUGCCGACGCCACGCGCAUCUUCACAAACUGCCGCAUGUACAACGACCCAGACACCGAGUACUACCGCUGCAGCGUCACCCUCGAGAAGUACUUCCACAACCGGCUGAAGGAGGCCGGACUGACGGACAAGUGAGCGGCCUUGGUGCCGCGCGCGGCCCACCGGGGCGGGCGCUGAGUCGGUCUCAUCGCUGGAGGGCGUGGGGAGCGCGGUGCGGCGGCGGGUGGCGGUUGCGCACGCAGGCCGCUGCUGAGGACGUGACGGCGAAGCGGGCGCGGCCGGCGG